GAGCGCGCCGCCGGAGGUCGUGCGGCCCGGGCCCGAGCCGUCCGCGCCAUGGACACCAGCGAUCUCUUCGCCAGCUGCAGGAAGGGGGACGUGGGCCGAGUGCGGUACCUGCUGGAGCAGCGAGACGUGGAGGUGAAUGUACGGGACAAGUGGGACAGCACCCCCUUGUACUAUGCCUGCCUUUGUGGGCACGAGGAGCUGGUACUCUACCUUCUGGCCAAUGGAGCCCGCUGCGAGGCCAACACCUUCGAUGGCGAGCGCUGCCUCUAUGGGGCGCUGAGUGAUGCCAUCCGCCGGGCCCUGCGAGAUUACAAGCAGGUGACAGCCUCCUGCAGGAGGCGGGAUUACUACGAUGACUUCCUGCAGCGGCUUCUGGAGCAGGGCUUCCAUAGCGACGUGGUCUUCGUGGUGCACGGGAAGCCCUUCCGGGCGCAUCGCUGCAUCCUGGGUGCACGAAGUGCCUACUUUGCUAACAUGCUGGACACCAAAUGGAAGGGCAAGAGUGUUGUGAUCCUCAGGCACCCCCUGAUCAACCCUGUGGCUUUUGGGGCCCUGCUGCAGUACCUGUACACAGGCCGCCUAGACAUUGGCGUGGAGCACGUCAGUGACUGCGAGCGCCUGGCCAAGCAGUGCCAGCUGUGGGACCUGCUCAGCGACUUGGAGGCCAAGUGCGAGAAGGUGUCCGAGUUCGUGGCAUCCAAGCCAGGCACGUGCGUGAAGGUGCUGACCAUUGAGCCCCCCCCAGCAGACCCCCGGCUCCGGGAGGACAUGGCCCUGCUGGCCGACUGCGCCCUGCCCCCUGAGCUCCGCGGUGACCUUGGGGAGCUGCCCUUCCCUUGCCCCGACGGCUUCAACAGCUGUCCUGACGUCUGCUUCCGGGUCGACGGCUGCAGCUUCCUCUGCCACAAGGCCUUCUUCUGCGGCCGCAGUGACUACUUCCGGGCCCUGCUGGAUGACCACUUUCGGGAGAAUGAGGAGCUGGAGGCCUCAGGCGGCCUCCCGGCCAUCACCCUGCACGGCAUCUCGCCCGACAUCUUCACCCACAUACUCUACUACAUGUACAGCAACCACACAGAGCUGCCCCCCGAGGCAGCCUACGAUGUGCUGUGUGUGGCCGACAUGUACCUGCUGCCGGGCCUGAAGCGGCUGUGCGGCCGCAGCCUGGCCCAGCUGCUGGACGAGGACAGCGUGGUGGGCGUGUGGCGCGUGGCCAAGCUCUUCCGCCUGGCCCGCCUCGAGGACCAGUGCACUGAGUACAUGGCCAAGGUCAUCGAGAAGCUGGUGGAGCGGGAGGACUUCGCCGAGGCAGUGAAGGAAGAGGCAGCGGCCGUGGCGGCCCGGCAGGAGACGGACUCCAUCCCGCUGGUGGACGACAUCCGCUUCCACGUGGCCAGCACAGUGCAGACGUACAGCGCCAUCGAGGAGGCGCAGCAGCGGCUCCGGGCGCUCGAGGACCUGCUGGUGUCCAUCGGCCUGGACUGCUGAGCUCUGCCAGGCCAGGGGCUCCCGGUGGACAGCACGUGUGGUCGCCUGUGUGCACAGCUGUUUUUUCUGCUCCUUGUACUCCUGAGGAGGGGGCUCAGUGGGGCUCCCCUCCCCCAGUGUUCCUGGGGGCCUGGGGGAGGGUCACCUUGGAGGAGCCCCCUCCCCCACUGCACAAACCAGCUCCCAAGGCCCUGGGGCUGGGCACCACUCAGGGAAACCUGGGUUGGGGGUCUCUUAGGGGCUCCCUCCCCCAGCACCUCUCCCGACCCCACCCUCUCUCCCGGCCCUGGCUCGCCUUGCUUCCCCGAGCUGAGCUGGCUUCUCCGGGGCACAGAGGCAGCCAGGAGGGAGCAGGAGGGUCUGUGUGGCAAUAAAGCUUGAAUUCACUGUG